GGGGGCGCAAUGUGAACAAAAACGUCAGUAAGCAGCUGUGUGAGUUUGGAGUCAUACCCCUGCAAACCCGAACCCCUAAUAACCUUCACAACAGGUCCGACAAGAACUCAUCUUUCUACCGCAUGUCUGCCUUUAAAAUCUUUCGAGAUCUCUUUUGCUUUUGUGACUUUACAAAACCGAAGAAAACUUCGGCCGUUGUUUUUCCACGCACCUGCUCCUGUUAUCCAAAGGACCCCGGAGAGUAAUUCAAAAUGAAUUCAACAGUUUUCAACAGCACAGACAGCGGUUUGUUUUCCAACAGAAGCAACGGGAGCUUUCUUUCGUCCUCUGUGGUGACUGACAGCGGGGUCGAGGACGAGCGGAGCGCCUUCGUCAUGCGCGCGGUGCAGAUCGCCGUGAUGUGCGUGCUCGCUCUCACAGUGGUUUUCGGCAUUUUCUUUUUAGGCUGUAACUUGCUCAUUAAGUCCGAGGGUAUGAUCAACUUUCUGGUUACGGACAGAAGACCGUCGAAGGAUGUUGAAGCGGUUAUCGUGGGACCGUACUAGUGCGCAAAAGUUGGAUAUAGGCACGAGACAGGUGGGACGCGCGCGCUGGAGAUGAAAGACUAUCCGUAUUGCUCUUCAGAAAUGUUUGAAAAGUUGCGCUUGAAAAUCUGGGACAUUGCUUUGAUUCAUUCAUUUUCUUUUAAUUAAAGAGAAUCCGCCUGGAACAACAUACAAUUCAUUCUGGAUUUAAAUCUUGCAGACAAAAUAUAUUUACCACUAAAACUACACAACCCCAAGAUGAGGGCAUUACUGUACUAUCGCAAGUUUUGUGGUUUUAGUGAGUUCACUAAUGAAAAGAUAAGGACACUUUACGAGAAAAGGUUAAAAUGAAGAUCUGUUGACUGAAACUUAACAUAGAAUAUUCACUAAAUGGACACCAUUUUUAGGAUAAACGGAUUAUGGGAUUGUUUUGAACCACCCCAUUUGCCACGAGUAAUAAAUGAAUAUUCAUGUGAUUAAUACGCUUGGAACAAACUGCUGCUUUUCUGCCCGUUGAAAUUCACGUGGCUGAAAAUUGCAUGCGUUUUGGAUAAUGCACGUGGACAUUGAAAAGUACGCAAUUCAACGUUUAAAUAAAAUCUUUUACACGGUGUAGCAAAAUAAGUAAUUUCGUUGGAUGCAUAUUUGUGUUUAGUGCAAAACAUUUAGUCAAAUGUGAUAUUUUUGUCCCGUGUUUAAACGUGAGGAGCAUUAUAUUUAAAACUGUAUUUUUUGAAGAAUAACAAAGUUUUAUAUUUUAUCAAGAAAACGUGAAGUAUAUUGUUUUACAAUUAUGUCAUGCUAUAUGUUAUGGGCGAAUUCUGUAUAACGCUGAAUAGUUGAACAAUUCCAGUGACAUAAACUGGCCACUGAUAAAUGCAAUGCUGAUAUCCAUGUGUCAAUGUGACCUCAAAACUUCUAUCUACACUUUUUUUCAAAGAACUAAUGAUAAUUAUAUAAAACACCAUGUGGCAAGUCCCAAAAUAUCAUAUAUAUCAUUAAUACACACUCAUUUUAAUCUUCAGAUGUGUGUGUGAAGAUUAGUUAAGAUAGUGAAUCCACGAAAGAGGAAAUAUGGCCAAAUAUAGUUAUG